CCAGUUGGGAGGAUAUUUGCAUAAGAAGCCAAUCUGUAUAAGAAGAAAGAUUUUGAGCCAAACACUAGAAGAAAUGUCAGAAGAUUCAGAAAAGGAAGACUAUACAGAUAUCAGUGAUGAAGAUGAAGAUGAAUCAGAUGAGGAUACCUUCUUGAAAUUUGUGAGUGAAGACAUGCACCCAUGUGCACUUCUGACAGCUGACUCUCUUAGUGACCCGUUUUUCCCCCGAACUACACAGAUACUACUGGAAUAUCAGCUGGGGAGAUGGGUGCCACGUCUCCGUGAACCCCGAGACUUAUAUGGUGUUUCCUCUUCUGGCCCAUUGAGCCCAACCCGGUGGCCUUACCACUGCGAAGUCAUAGAUGAAAAAGUCCAUCAUAUAGACUGGACUCCCUGUCCUGAGCCUGUGUACACCCCAACAGGCCUGGAGAUAGAACCCUCUUACCCACACUCCAAGGAAGACACUGUGGUUUAUCUAGCUGAAGAUGUUUACAAAGAGCCCUGUUUUGUGUAUUCCCGAGUUGGUGGCAACAGAACACCCCUGAAACAACCUGUGGAUAACUGUGACCAUACUCUGAUGUUUGAAGCAAGGUUUGAGAGUGGAAAUCUACAGAAGGUAGUCAAAGUGGCAGAUUAUGAGUACCUGUUAACGGUGCGUCCUGAUCUUUUCACAAACAAACACACCCAGUGGUACUAUUUUCAAGUCACUAACACCCAAGCAGGAAUCGUCUACAGAUUCACCAUCAUCAAUUUCACCAAGCCCGCCAGUCUCUAUAAUCGGGGAAUGCGCCCACUGUUUUAUUCUGAAAAAGAGGCCAAGACUCAUAAUAUUGGUUGGCAGAGGAUAGGAGACCAAAUCAAGUACUAUCGAAACAACCUCGGGCAGGACGGGCGCCAUUAUUUCUCUCUCACAUGGACAUUUCAGUUUCCACAUGACAAAGACACCUGCUACUUUGCUCACUGCUACCCAUACACUUACACCAACCUGCAAGAAUACCUUUCUGGCAUCAGCAAUGACCCAGUACGGUCAACAUUUUGUAACAUACGUGUCUUAUGCCACACGAUCGCCAGGAACAUGGUGUAUGUUUUAACGAUCACCACCCCCUUGAAGAACUCUGACUCGAGAAAGCGAAAGGCAGUGAUUUUGACCGCCAGGGUCCACCCUGGAGAAACCAACAGCUCUUGGAUGAUGAAAGGCUUCCUAGAUUAUAUUUUAGGAGACUCAAGCGAUGCACAGCUGCUGCGGGACACGUUCAUCUUCAAGGUGGUGCCCAUGCUGAAUCCAGAUGGUGUGAUUGUGGGAAAUUACCGGUGUUCCUUAUCUGGACGGGACCUCAACCGGAGCUAUACGUCUGUCCUUAAGGAGUCAUUUCCUUCUGUUUGGUAUACCCGGAACAUGAUCCGUAGGUUAAUGGAGAAGAGAGAGGUGGUUUUAUAUUGUGACCUUCAUGGCCACAGUAAGAAAGAGAACAUCUUCAUGUACGGCUGUGAUGGCAGUGACAAAUGCAAAGCGUUAUACUUACAGCAACGAAUCUUCCCUCUGAUACUAAGCAAAAAUUGUCCAGAUAAAUUUUCAUUCACAGCUUGCAAGUUUAACAUUCAGAAGAACAAAGAGGGGACAGGAAGAGUAGUCAUGUGGAAAAUGGGAAUCAGGAACAGCUUUACCAUGGAGGCCACUUUUUGUGGAUCUACUCUGGGUAAUAAACGAGGUACUCAUUUCAAUACAAAAGACUUGGAGUCAAUGGGAUAUCAUUUUUGUGAUUCUCUCUUGGACUAUUGUGAUCCAGACCGAACCAAGUAUUACCAGUGCCUGAAAGAACUAGAAGAAAUGGAAAAGCAUAGAAGCUUAGAAAAAGCCCUUGAGGACUCAGAUACUUCUCUGAAGGAAAUUACAUUGGAUCUAGAAUCUAGUAGUCGAGGCUCUGACAGUUCAGACUCCAAUGAUUCUCACACUUACCUUCUCAAGUUAACUUCCCAGAAAAAUAAGAAAUAUCUGAAAACAAAGAAGGAAAGAGAUUCUACCAUAGCAAGACAUAAAAAUGUCAGCAAAGAGCAAGAGGUUUGCAAUAAAGGAGAAACUGUGCGAAAAGAACAAGAAUCAAAUUCUAAUGUGAAAGAUACAAGGCCAAACAAAUCAGAUGCUUGUAUAUUUAAUUUUUUCAGAACAAAGUUCCCUACUCAGACUUUGAAUCCACAUUGUGACUUGAAAGGCAAAAUGAGAGAAUGCACAUCUUUCCAAAGUAAGAAGACAGAUGUAAAUUGGACAGAUGAUGAAAAAAGGAUCUACAGGGAUACAAAAAUAGCUCAAACACAAGAGCUAUUGCAGUAUUUGUUCCCCAUCAUGGAAAGGACUAAAAAAGUGCAAACUACUCAGACAAAACAGAUACAGAAUUCAAAAACCAGCUCCCAAAACCAGCAUCGACAAAAGUCAGCUUCGAAUAUAAAUACAAAAAAAUACCACACAUCUUGGACCUUGCCCAGGAAGCCCCCUCUCACAGACCAAAAGAACCUUAUCGUAAGUUCCACAGAAUGGCUCCAGUCUGAGUCCCAGAGGUCAUUUGAAGUUGUCUCACCUUUCAAAGAGCACAAGAAAAGGAAAGCAUACCCUGGCAUCAAGUCCACGAAGACUAAGUUCGUGAAACCUUUCAGCAGCAAAUGGCAGGCUGAGUCCUCGUGGUUUGAGAAGGAUGCGAAUAUUAUCAAAGGCAAGAGUCUGCAAGCCGAAGAUUCCAGCACACAAAGCUCUCUUGCAUCUCCCCAUCUAACUACAAAUAAGGAUGAUGGAUAACCCACCUUCCAUUUAAAGUUCCAAAGGACCAAGAAUGUAGCUUUAUGCUGCUCUGGAGACUGGAUGAGAGACACCAUAUGCUUGUGUAGUAAAAAAAAAAAGAAGAAGAAGAAAGAAAAAGAAAAGUUCUUUCCCUCUACCCCUACCCCCCACACAUAUCACAUGCUAAGCUAUAAAUCCUAGAGAACCCAUCUUUGUGGGGGCCAGUUUCACAGAUUUAAAAAGAA